GAGUGGAUUGCGGCAGUCCUCGACAGCGGAAAGAGCCGCAAAUAAGGAUUUUUUUAAUCGAGCUGUAUCGACUCACAACUCCCGCUUUUUGUUGUGAUUUGUCCCAUUUCUUUCUGGAAUUCGAUAAACGGAACUUUUUUUGGUUUUCCUGGAGUUUUGGAGAGUCGUCUUUCAGAUAUGGACAGUCUGCGACCCGCUGCAGGGAGCGACUGGCCGGUGAUCAGUCAGUAGACACAGACUGCCUCUACACUGGAAACUCACCGUCUGGGACUUUAUUCUGGAUAUUUCAUGAAGCGCUUCGCAUUUUUGUUCAGUUCUGGGACACCGUGGAUUUACCAGCUUCGGGAACGGAUUGAUACUCGUGAUUCCCGGUCGACGACAAGAGAGCUUUUCGCUUCUAAAGUUGCAGGAAAAACAUGGAGACUGUAAGUCGGCAGAGCUUCCAGCCUCAUCCGGGACUGCAACAAACUCUCAAGCAGUUUCACCUCAGCUCUAUGAGCUCUCUGGGCGGACCGGCGGCUUUCUCUGCCCGGUGGCAACAUGAGCUCCUCUUUAAGAAGGACGGUAAGGAGCCAGAGCCGGUUCUGCAGCAUCUCCCGCCGCCUGUGAUGCCGGGCCCGCUCUUCAUCCCGUCCGAUCGCUCCACGGAGAGGUGUGAGACGGUCCUGGAGAGUGAGACCAUCUCAUGCUUCGUGGUCGGCGGGGAGAAGCGGCUGUGUCUCCCGCAGAUUUUGAACACGGUGCUGCGGGACUUCACCCUGCAGCAGAUCAACUCGGUGUGCGACGAGCUGCACAUCUACUGCUCCCGGUGCACGGCGGACCAGCUGGAGAUCCUUAAAGUCAUGGGGAUCCUGCCCUUCUCUGCGCCGUCCUGCGGCCUCAUCACCAAGACGGACGCCGAGCGGCUGUGCAACGCCCUCAUCUACGGAGGCGCCUACCCGCCCCGCUGCAAGAAGGAGCUGAGCGGAGGAUCGCUGGAGCUGGAGCUCACCGAGAGGAGCUUCAAAAUCUACCACGAGUGUUUCGGCAAGUGUAAGGGCUUGUUCGUGCCGGAGUUGUACAACAACCCCAACGCAGCGUGCAUCCAGUGCAUGGACUGCAGACUCAUGUAUCCGACCCAUAAGUUCGUGGUGCACAGUCACAAGGCGCAGGAGAACAGGACUUGCCACUGGGGCUUCGACUCGGCUAACUGGAGGGCAUACAUCCUCCUGGGCCAGGAUUACACGGGGAAAGAGGAGAAGAGCCGUCUGGAGCUGCUGCUGGACGAGAUCAAGGAGAAAUUUGACUUCGCCAACAAGUACAAGAGGAAAGCAUCAUCCAGGCUGUCAGACCCGAUCCCAAUCAAAAAGUCCAAACAUGAAGACUUCCCGUCACAAUCCCCAUUUGCUGACAAAGAGAAGCAGCACGACUGGCUGUCCCCAUCCAAUAAGGGGCUUAACUGCAUCCAGCCCAGGCAGAGACCCUCAGCGUUCAGACCUUGGUCUCCACAUAUCUCUGCUGCUGAUAAGGAACCCUCCAGUCACCCUCUGGCCCUGCUGAGAGACAGUUUCUACAACUACAAGAGCCUGGAGAACGCCGUCGCCCCUAAUGUCGCCCUCACACCGCUACCCCUGGGAAAGAUGGGUCCCAUGUCCCCGUCGGUCCCCAGCACCUCCCACCCAAGCGGAGGUGAACCCCCAGGCGAGGGUGCGAACGCCAGCGCCAGGCCACGCAAGAGAAGAGCCACAGGGGAGCUCCAGCCUCCGGCACCGGAGGGCCCCUGUGCUCCUUCCUCCACUGCCAGCAAGCCACUGCCACCCCCACCUCAGGACGACAAAGACUCUGAGGUGGAGAUCGAAGUGGAGAGCCGCGAUGAAUUCACUUCGUCCCUGUCCUCCCUGUCGUCACCAUCUUUCACCUCGUCCAGCAGCUCAGCCAAAGACCUGAGCUCGCCAGGCGCCCAGGGGCCAAUCUGCACCGUCACGUCGGCCGAGGGCACCCCUCCCGCGGCCGCCCCCAUCACGACCCCCGUCACCCCUCCGGAGCUGGGUCUGGAGUCGGAGCUGGAGAGUCUGAGGCAGGCGCUGGACAGCGGCCUCGACUCCAAAGAGUCAAAGGAGAAGUUCCUGCAUGAGAUUGUGAAGAUGAGGGUGAAGCAGGAGGAGAAGCUGGGGUCGGCUCUACAGGCCAAACGCAGCCUCCAACAGGAGCUGGAGUUCUUACGGGUCGCCAAGAAGGAGAAGCUGCGAGAGGCGACCGAGGCCAAGCGUAACCUGAGGAAGGAAAUCGAACGCCUGCGAGUGGAGAGCGAGAAGAAGAUGAAGGAAGCCAACGAGUCGCGGAUCCGCCUGAAGAGGGAGCUGGAGCAGGCCCGGCAGCUGAGGGUCUGCGAUAAAGGCUGCGAGGCCGGACGUCUCCGCGCCAAAUACUCGGCACAGAUCGAGGACCUCCAGAUGAAGCUGCAGCACGCCGAGGCCGACCGCGAGCAGCUCCGAGCCGACCUCCUGCUGGAGCGGGAGGCCCGGGAGCACCUGGAGAGGGUGGUAAAGGAGCUGCAGCAGCAACUUUGGCCCAAAUCCAACAGCGACAAGGAGGGGACGCCCAUGGAUACGCCAGCUGACAACUAACCCAGCAGCCAACCUCUCCACCCGACCGUUCCCCCCACCCACCUGUCGCCAUGACCGCCCCUCCCCCUCCAUCAUCAUCAUCAUCUGCCCAACUCAGACCAUAAACUCACCCAGGCGUCCCGGGCCGGCCACAGCGCUCUCCCACUGUCCAUCACGUUCACCCUCCACAAAGACAAAUAAGACUCUCGUGCUCAGAGCAGAGACAGAGAGAAGAAACCUGCGUCCUCAUCCACGCCCAUAAAACAGUCCAGCGAGCAGUUUCCUUGGAGACAGACUGGCAACGACAGUCCGAGGAUGCAACAGGAAAUGCAUUACUAAAUCAAGCACUGACUAGCACCUUCCAAACUCACAGAACUGAAAACUGGAUCAGAAGAAUGAAAGAAAAACAGACUCACAGCACCAAAUGUGUGUGUGUGUGUGUGUGUGUGUGUGUGUGUGUGUGUGUGUGUGUGUGUGUGUCAGCGACUGUUGGACAGACGUCUGUGAUGAAAAAUGCUUUUAAAAAAGAGAAAAAAAGACCAUAUUAUAUUAAACAGUUAUUCAGCUGUUGAGAGGUGUUCUAGCGGUGCAUCUUUGAGGGCCAGGCUCACACUUAACCCCCACAGUCCCCCCCCCCCCCACCCCCCGCCCGAAGAAGUCUCCACCACCGUCCCUCGCCAUGACCAAGAUGGAGGAUUGGAAGACAUUAUAAGCUAUUUAAGAGACUACAUAGCGAAUAUGUAAAGAAAAGGAAAAAAAAGACAGUUUCUUUGUUUCUCUGUGCUAUCGUAGUUGGAAAAAUUGAAAAAAAAAAAAAAAGAAAAGGAAAAAAAAAAAGACACAAACGAAUCAGAACAUGAACAAAACAAGCAAAUGAACUUUCCACAGUGCCACCAUGGGUUUGUGGGUUUUGCAGGAAGCCAGCACAGUCCACUGAGCGGGAAAAAGCAUCACGUUGAAAAUCCAAGCAGCCCGUUUUGUCCUCAACUUGUUUGGUAAAAUCAUUUCUUUCUAAUUUGUAAAAGCGGAGGGCGAGCUUGUAUUCAAACUGAUAUUUUUUCUCUCUUUGGAUCAAAUCUUUAAUUGGGAAUUUGGAGGAAAAAAAAAAAAAACAUGCUGUGUUCAAGGCACCUUUUUCUAAAAUUCAGUGAGCACUUGUUUUUGGAUGAUCAAUAACUAUAUCCAACAGUCUCCGUCACAAUGUCGUUCACACUACACACACACACACACACACACAAACACACACACACACACACACUGACUGCCAUAUGUGUUUUUAAGCAUUUGGGUCAAAACCCUGAAGUGUUGAUCUUCUAAAGAUGAAAUACUCCAGAUGUGAGUGUGGCCUUGUUUUCUCAUCUUAUCACAUAUGAGUGAUGAAAGCUGGCAUGGUUUUUACUCCAACUGACAUCAGAAUCAUCUAUAAUUUAAUGGCUGUAUGGGGCACCCUGGGCAAGAACCACAAAAAUGUUCAUUUGAAUUAAAUUAAGGUAUGUAAAUAUAAAUAUAUGUUGUUGGGUUUUUUUUGUUUUUUUGUUGUUGUUUUUUUUACUUUACAAUAAUGACUCGCACUUUGUCCUAACAAAAUACUGUUAUACUGCAUUGUACUCCCACUAUUGUCCUCAAUCUUACUUUGAAAACAUCAUCUUAUACAUGAAUGCUACCAUAUAAUUCCAGUAAGUAUUUUGUUGAUUAUAUGCAUCUCGAAUAAAUACUGUUGUUCUGUUUUUUUUUUUUCUUAAGGCAAAGUAUUGUAAAUAAACAGAAAGAAAAAAGGCUCUACCUGUUGCUUGCUGAUGCAGUCUGGGAUUGUUGGAACAUUUUGGGCAACACAUUCUCCCCCUUUUUUUUUUUUUUUUUUGUAAUAUAAUUGACACAAACACCCGGUUGAGUCAUAACCAAUAUGACAACACUUCUUCACAAGUCAGUAAAUUGUCAUAGGAGCCUGAACAAACAGUCACAUGUCUUUGCAAGGAUAAAAUCUGAUUUUAUUCUGAAGGCAGAUGCCAGGAAUCUGCCGUCACACAGUGGGUACAAUGCAAUCAGAAUGUACAUGGUGUUAAUGCAAGUUUUCCUUUGGUUGUUGAUGUUGUUUUAAAUGUGGAGAUAUUUUAUUGCUUGUCUGUUAUGUUCACUUUUUUCAAUAGAAAACUCAUAUUUUCUUUAUGCAUGAAAUUUGAGAAGGUUUGCCAUUCAUAUAGUCAGUUAUUGGGCAUUGAUACUGUACAUGUAAGGGUUUUAUUGUGUUAUGCAAUAUAAAGCAAUUUGUCUUAUUUAGAAGAGGAAAAAGUAAGUAAAAAAGCAACAAACCGUAUAUUGUUCUUAAGAAAAAACUUCACACUUGCAAAAAAACAAGACAUUAAAAAAAAAAUGAAGAAGGAAAACCUUUUUAUCAAAUGCAAUGCUGGACAACCUCAAGUGCCUGGACGAGGGCCAAAGGUUUCCAGAGGAAAACUGAUGAUGAAACUGUUGGGGGUGGGGUCUCCCAUCAACUUCCUGUUUGCAGGUUUUCAAAAUGAAAAGCCCCUCCCUCCCUCGCUCAGCAGCUCUUUCUAUCAGUGUUCCUAAAAAAAACCAACCAGUUUACAAACUCUUUUCUUUUUUUCAACGCAGAGAACAAUUGAACAAAUGCUAGACGCUUAAUGCUUUUUUUUUUUUUUUAAAUCCUGAAUGAGUGCUUUUUUUUUUUCUUCAUUUGAAAUCAAUGAUAUGCAUGUUCAAUUAAUUUUUUAUAGAAGAAUCUUGAAAAGCCACUUUCUUCAGUAAAUUGUUACUUUGGGUUGUAUAUAAAGAUUGAACUGUUUAAUCCCAGUUGUCCAGGAUAAUAAAGAGGGCAUUAUGUUAAUAAGCCCGUUUCUUAUCCAACAUUACUGAUGUUGCUCAGAGAAAGACACUGCGUCUGCGACUUUGGCAGACCUAAAAUUGGUACAUUUUGUAGUUGUUUUUACACUCAAAAGAGUCGAUAGCCUAUGUGUAGUUUACUUUACUCAUGGUUUUCUACAAAAAAAGGGAGACAAUAACGACAUUGGCUCUUCGCUCUCCCUCGCAAAAAGAAAAAAGCAAUUUAACAACGUCUUGUUUUCUAAAGGAGAAUCAUUUUGCUAAAUAAUGGACGGUAAAGCAGCAAUAACAGUCCAUAUUAAUAGACAAAUACUAGCCAGUGUGAAGGUUUGAAUAAGAAUUUACAAAUGUAAAUAUUUUUUUCAUUUACAAUAUUGUAUAAUAUAUGUACAUGGUGUUCCUUUUUCAAAAAGAAAUCUUUUCUUACAAUAGCUGUCUUGUUAUUUUGUUUUGUUUUUUUGAAUUUUGUGUUUUAACUAAGAUGUUUCAAAAACAGCUAAUGCAGUGCGUAAGAGAAUAUUCCCUACAUAAACAUGUUAAUCCAAUUCUUUUCUUCUUUUUUUUUUUUUUUUUUUUUUUUUUUACUGUAGAGUCUUUAUAUUGAAUGACUUUUUUCACCAGUUCAUAUAUAUUUUUAACAGUAUGUUGAGUAUCAGAUAACAGACCUGCAGUAUGGGUCACACACACACACGACUACGCCACCUUGCCGAUUGUUUCCCCCUCCUCAUCCUCAUGUAUCUUUUUAGCCCUGUGCUGCUGCUAAUACUAUAUAAACCUUACAAUUCUAGAAAUAUUUUUAUGUAAAAGGUAAAUUUAAGCUUUCUCAUUUAUUAAUGCCACAUAUACAGUAUGAAAAAAAGAGCUUGGCUUAUUCAUCUAUCUCCCUUGUUUCCCUCAUUUUUCACGCCCUUUUUCUGCAUCCCUCCUCCAACGACACCCUUCCUCUUCUCUCACGACACGGACUAUAUUGUAAAGUAAAGGACUUUAUGAGAUUAUGUUUGAAAAUAGCUAUGCUUAUAUACUACAGUGACUGAAUGUACAGUGUAUAGAUGCAUUACCAGAAAUAAAGUUGUUUGUCCAGA